AAAACAUGAGACUAGGAUAAAACGGUAGCUUGCCCUAAAUGUGCGUUUCGCAACCAAAGAAGAAUGCUUCCCGCCAUUGUGUUUCUACAAUUUCUGCUCACCUGUUAUGGAGAUGAAUUUUUUGUCUAUCCUACCCUACUGCAAAGACGGGCUGGUACGUCAAGCUUACUCCUUCACAUUAAUGACAAGAUAAUACUCAAUCUUGAGAGGAGCUCCGUGCUGGCGGAUGAACUUCAUUUCCUUACAGCCAGUGACCAAGAGAACGAACUCGACUUGGUAAACACGUCUUCUAUUCAAGAGAGCCUGUACCACGACACACAUCACCAAUCCUCUCUUCGAAUACGAGAGCAAGACGGCUUCGUGAAAGUCGAGGGUGUGAUCAACAGCAAGCUGAGGAUAAAGCCACUACCUGAAAGUGAACGGUCGUCGCGAGGUCCGAUGCUCCACAAAGUAUAUGAAGUGCACGAGAGUGAAGAAGGAUCUCUCUGGGAAGGUCGGGUGCUUGAGCGUCUACAAAACGAUGACCGGAAGGAUAGGCGUCGCCGCAAGUCUCAAGAGCCGGAAGGACGGGAUAUGAUUCCUGAAUUGUUUAUCGUGGAACUUCACGCAAUGUCCGACAAAGUGCACCAAGUAAACUUCAAGAAGAAUGAAGAUUUAAUCGCCUAUAUGGCUGUCAUGUCAAAUGCAGUAAAUUUAAGAUACCUGGAAAUGAAAAAUCCUAGAAUAAAGUUCAAGCUGAUCGGAGUAACCAGAAUGGUGAAUGACAGUUUUUCGAAAGUUGGCAAAGGCACAAUUGAGGCAGACCCGACAUUGAACGGACUGGGAAAAUUUCACAAUGAAGGGAAGGUGCCAGGGAAUCCUGACCUGGUAUAUUUUGUCACUGGUCUUGAUAUGAUCAACUUGAAAGCUGGAAGAAUCUCCAAAGCCAUACAAGGUCUCGCAUAUAGGGGCAACGUGUGCCGUCAGUACCGUGUCGGAAUGGGCGAAGAUAUACCUACUUCUUUUUCUGGAGUGAAAACAAUGGCUCACGAACUCGCACAUAUACUGGGAGCGCCUCAUGACAAGAUGCCAAAAUGCCCUUGGUCGGAAGGAUAUCUCAUGAGUUAUGUGGACGGAGGCCUAAAGAAAUACCGGCUUUCAGAGUGUAGUCAAGAAAGAAUACGAAACAAUGUGAAUGAUCUCCCGAAGAGCUGUUUCGAUGAGCAGAGCAGGACGAACUACAUGGCUGUGUACAAGAAAUAUCCGGGUCAGGCAGUACGGCCGCAGCAUUACUGCAGAAGGAUGCUCAAGGUGAAGUCAAAACAAAUCAAGGUUGCUGCACAGAAGCCGGAGUCUCUUAGCGGGCAGUGCAAAAUGUACUGUUGCGUGGUUGGAGUCCAUGCAAACGUGUGCGAUAUAGUAAUCAUGCUGGAAGGCAUGGAAUGUACGAAAGGAAAGACGUGCAGAAGAGGAGUCUGUGGAGAUUUUAAAUGGUAGUAGUUGAAAGCUCCACCAUACACCAGUUUUCUUGCCCAUUUCAAGAAACCCAAGUUCCGAGCCUUUCGGUAAUAAAUCGUUCAGAAGCAACUUUA